AUGGAUCCUCCUGAUCAGAUUGUGGCCGAAGGCAUCGAUCAGCAUCGGAGGAUGAUCCGGGAGUGCAAGGGCAUUCCUGGAGUCAAAAAGGAACGCUUCGAAGAAGCGAUGACCGUGAGGCAUUGUGCCCUGUCACUCGUCGGCGAGCCGAUCAUGUAUCCUAGGAUAAACGAGCUUGUGGGCGAGCUCCAUCAGAGGAAAAUCAGCACCUUCUUGGUGACGAACGCACAGUUUCCGGAGGCCAUUCGUAACCUCGAUCCGAUCACGCAGCUAUACGUCAGUGUGGAUGCCGGCACGCCGGAGACGCUUAAGGCGGUUGAUAGGCCGCUGUUCUCCGACUUCUGGCAGAGAUACUUGGACUCCCUGAAGGCAUUGAAGGCCAAGAAGCAGCGAACAGUCUACCGACUGACCCUGGUCAAGGGCCACAAUAUGGAGGAGGCGGCGAACUAUGCAAAGCUCGUGGCGUUGGGAACCCCGGACUUCAUCGAGAUCAAGUCCGUGACCUUCUGCGGCGAGUCUAAGGCAUCCUCGCUGACGAUCGAGUGCACGCCUUGGCACGAAGAGGUCAAAGCCUUCUCGGAAGCCAUGCUCUCGAAGGAAGGUCUGGAGUCCCAGUACGAGCUCGCUUGCGAACACCAGCACAGCUGCAUUGUGCUGCUCGCCAACAAGCGCUACAAGGUCGAUGGGCGCUGGCAUACUUGGAUCGAUUAUGACCGCUUCCACGAACUUGUCAAAGCAGGUGUCGAAUUCGAUGCCACUGAUUACUGGGCUCCGACGCCGGAGUGGGCCCUUUACGGCUCGGAAGAGGCGGGAUUUGACCCCAACGAGACGCGCGUGUAUCACAACCGCACCAAGAAGCGCGCCCAAGCCGGCCUCCUUUCAAAGGAGCAGCUGAAGAUGUACCCAAACAAUCCGGCCAAGCAGUAA